GCUUCUCGGGUUGGUGGCGUACUGGUUACUUUCCGAGCCGCCUCGCACCGCCGGGCGGAGCUCGAUUCACACGCAAAUCGGUUUAUUUCUUGAGCUGAGCCGAAGCCGACACCGCCACCCAAAACAAAGCGAUUCAAGGUAGAUACGUACAGUACAUACAAACAUACAAUACCUGGUCAACGCCCGGCACGCAAGCUUGCCAUGGCCCCCCCGAGUCCCGAACCGCAGUCCUCGGCGGACCCUCCCAUCCGCCGCGAAGGCGAAGUCGUGGUCGUGACGGACCGCUUGGAGAAGCCGUCUCUGGACGACCGGUCCUACCGCGUCAUCCGCCUCCCGAACCAGCUCGAGGCGCUCAUCGUCCAUGACCCCAAGACGGACAAGGCAAGCGCUGCCAUGGAUGUCAACGUCGGAAGCUUCAGCGACGAGGACGAGAUGCCCGGAAUGGCCCACGCCGUCGAACAUCUCCUCUUCAUGGGCAACAAGAAGUACCCGGUGGAGAAUGCUUACCACCAGUACAUCUCGGCCCAUUCUGGCCUGACCAACGCCUACACGGCAGCAACGUCCACAAACUACCACUUCGAGGUCUCUGCCAAGCCGGGCAACCAAGAGGAGCCCUCGGCCACGAACCCCUCGCCGCUGCUCGGCGCCCUGGACCGCUUCGCCCAGUUCUUCAUCGAGCCGCUCUUCCUCGAGAACACGCUGGACCGCGAGCUCCGCGCCGUCGACUCGGAGAACAAGAAGAACCUGCAGAACGACCAGUGGCGCCUGCAUCAGCUCAAGAAGUCGCUGUCCAACCCCAAGCACCCCUUCUGUCACUUCUCCACCGGCAACCUGGAGACCCUCAAGACGGCCCCCGAGGGCCGGGGCAUCAACGUGCGCGACAAGUUCAUCGAGUUCUACGAGAAGCACUACUCGGCGAACCGCAUGAAGCUCUGCGUCCUCGGACGGGAGCCCCUGGACGUCCUGCAGACCUGGGUCGUCGAGCACUUCUCCCCCGUCAAGAACAAGGACCUUCCGCCCAACAGGUGGGACCAAGAGGUGCCCUUCACCAGGGAGCUGCUCGGAACCCAGAUCUUCGCCAGGCCCGUCAUGGAUACCCGCGACCUCACCCUCACCUUCCCCUUCAUCGAGCAGGAUCACCUCUACGACUCUCAACCGAGCCGGUAUAUUAGUCAUCUCAUCGGCCACGAGGGUCCCGGAAGUAUCAUGUCGUACAUCAAGUCCAAGGGUUGGGCAAACGGCCUGUAUGCCGGGUCCUGGCCGGUCGGCCCCGGCACUCCAGAGGUCUUUGAGUGUCAAAUUACCUUGACAGAGGAGGGACUCAAGAACUACAAGGAGGUCGUCAAGGUCGUCUUCGAGUACAUUGCUCUCCUGCGCGAGACGGAGCCGCAGGAGUGGAUCUUUGAAGAACAGAAGGGACUGGCCGAGGUCAACUUCAGGUUUAGGGAGAAGACGCAGUCGUACCGUUUCACGAGCAAGCUCAGCUCAACCAUGCAGAAGCCGCUCCCGCGGGAAUACCUGCUGAGCGGGUACAGUCUUUUGCGCAAGUUCGACCCGAAACUAAUCAAGGAGGGCCUCGAUUGCCUGCGACCCGACAAUUUCCGGAUGACCAUCGUAUCGCGCGACUUCCCCGGGAAAUGGGACAAGAAGGAGAAGUGGUACGGAACCGAGUACAGCUGCCAACCUAUCCCCGACGACCUCAUGGAGGAGAUCAAGAAGGCGGCCGCCAGCGGGCCCCAGACCCGGACGGCCAAGCUGCACCUCCCGCACAGGAACGAGUUCGUGCCGACCAAGCUGGAAGUCGAGAAGAAGGACGUCAAGGAGCCGGCGCUGGCACCCCGCAUCGUCAGGAACGACCCCCUCGUCCGGACCUGGUUCAAGAAGGACGACACCUUCUGGGUUCCCAAGGCGACCCUGAUCAUCAGCUGCAGGAGCCCGGUAGCCACCGCCUCGGCGGCGGGGCGGGUGAAGUCCCGCCUCUUUACCGAUCUCGUCAAGGACGCGCUCGAAGAAUUCUCGUACGAUGCCGAGCUGGCCGGCCUGGAGUACACCGUAACCCUCGACUCGCGCGGCCUGUACAUCGAGGUUUCGGGCUACAACGACAAGCUAGCCGUCCUGUUGCAGCACGUGCUCGUCACCACUCGCGAUCUCGAGAUCCGCGACGACCGGUUCGCUAUCAUCAAGGAGCGCAUCAGCAGAGGGUACCGGAACUGGGAGCUCUCCGCGCCCUGGACUCAGAUCGGCGACUACAUGUCCUGGCUGACGGUCGACCAAGGCUACGUGGUCGAGGAGCUCGAGGCCGAGCUGCCUUACAUCACCGCCGACGCCCUCCGCGUCUUCCACAAGGAGCUGCUCUCCCAGAUGCACAUGGAGAUCCUCGUCCACGGAAACGUCUACAGGGAGGACGCCCUCCGGCUGACGGAUAUGGUCGAGUCGACGCUGAAGCCUCGAGCCCUCCCAGAGGCCCAGUGGAAGAUCCGGCGAGGGCUGAUACUCCCGCCCGGGUCUAACUACAUCUGGAAGAAGAAGCUCAAAGACCCGGCCAAUGUCAACCAUUGCAUCCAGUAUUUCCUUCACGUGGGCUCGAGGGAUGACUACAAUGUCCGGGCGAGGGUGUUGCUCCUGGAUCAGAUUGUGCACGAGCCGUGCUUCAACCAACUCCGCACCAAGGAGCAGCUCGGCUACAUCGUCUAUUCGGGCACCUGGACCAGCGUCACGCAGUACGGCUUCUACUUUGUCAUCCAGAGCGAGAAGACGGCACCGUAUCUGGAGACCAGGAUCGAAGAGUUCCUCAAGACCGUGGCCACGAUGCUGGAGGAGAUGAGCGAGGAGGAGUUCGAAAGCAACAAGCGCAGCAUUAUUGACAAGCGUCUAGAGAGACUCAAGUACCUGGAGCAAGAAAGCAACAGACAUUGGACCCACAUCCACUCCGAGUUCUAUGCUUUCGACAAUGCUCCCCAGGACGCGGAUCACAUCAGACCGCUCACCAAGGCGGACAUGAUUGAGUUUUUCAACGAAUAUAUUCACCCCAACUCACCAUCAAGGGCGAAGCUGGCCGUUUACCUCGAGGCCCAGGCCAAGAGCGACGUAUCAACCAAGGAGAUUUCUGAACUGAUCAAGACGCUGGAAAUUGAUGAAGCAGCUUCUGCCAAAGCGGCCUCCGACCUGCAGGCUCGGCUGAGCGCGGCCGACCACGACGUAGAGAAGGAGGUCGCCGGUCUCCGGGACUAUCUCCUCCACGAUUUGAAGGUACCUGAAGGCAAGAUAGACGCGGCAUCCGAGGCGUGGAGGGAAAUCCAUGCCAAGCACGGCCCCGGAAACGAUGUGGUCAAGGACGCCGAGCCUCCUUCAGCAAACGGAACGACGCCGGUCUUCAUUGACGAUGUCAGGUCUUUCAGGGCCAGUCUCCCCGCUAGCAAUGGGGCGAAACCUCUGAAAGACCUUAGCGUGUAUGAGGAUUUGGAAGCAAAACUCUGAUGUUCCAUCCUACCUUCUUUCUCUCUUGUAUUUCUCCGCUUUUAUUUUUUUUCUUCUUCCUUCCGUGCCAGCGCCUUGAAUUGGCGGUGGUUGGAGAAUCGCGCGGCAGAGGAGGUACGGCUACUGUGUAGCACAUCAACGCAAGCGUCAGCUCAUAGAGGAGGGGACGGGGAUAGAAGACUCGGAACUGGUGCAGAGCCGGGCCGGUAGGCAGGCCCGCAGGCCCCUUGAGGCAACCGGAAGACUAUGCAAUUAAUCAUAUGGGACAACGCUGAGUUCUAUGGCAAGGUCAAACCGGCCGUGUGGGAAGGAUGGGCAUGUUAGACGCGCUUUGUUCGAUGCUGUCGGUUCUUGUCUCCUUGCCGGCAAGACCUAAGCCAAGUUAAUUAAUGCAACCUCCUCACACCUGCUGUAAUCAUUCAAAAUCCUCCUGGGGUUGAGACAACGACCGGCUGCUUCUGAAUUGUGAAUACAGGCCUGCCAUUGUCCCCUGACCUCUCUCUCUUUCAUUCAUUUCAUCUCAUAUC